CAUAUUUUGGAGUAUUGUUUGGCUGAAUUUCAGCUUUUGGAAGGUGGUGGACUUCCUGCUAUUUCUGAGGGCUUUUUUGCUUGAUUCUGGGUGGUUUGGGUUUUUCUGGGCUGAAUCUUGGUGUUUUGGAGGUUUUUAUGGACACAGGAUACCCAGUGAGUUUUAGAGAUGGACUUGGGCAGGAGGAACCCCCAAGCCAACGCGCUCAGCCCUUGUUUUCCCCCCAUCAGGAUUUGUCCUUCCCAAAGCUUGGGCGGAUGGAGGAGGAGGCUGCGAGGAAGAGGAAGAUGCCUUGGGCCCCCCAGGCAGGUGAGGAGGAAGUCAGUGUCCCUUUGGGCGGGUGUUGUGCUGGCUCUGUCAGCCGAGCAUGGCCCCGGCUGCAGGACAACCCCGCUGGCGCCGCCAUCCUGCCGGGGCCGGAGUUGGGGGGAUGUCCUUGGCCUUCCCUGUGGGCCGGAGGCAAAUCCCCUGCCUGUCCUUCUUGCUUCCUGCCCCAGGCCCCGAGCUGAGGACGGAGAGCCCGGAGGACAAAUCCCCCCGUGAGACCCUGGUGGGAGAGGCCGUUUUGAAGGGCUCCCCGGCGCAGGAAGGCAGCGGGGAGGAAAAGGGCCGGAGAUCCCCCCGCAGGAGGGGCUCCAAAGCCAUCCCAGGGUGCUCUGAGGAGGAAAGAGCCAGCCUGUGCCAGGAAGGCAACCAGAGCUUGAGGGGGAGCUCUGACCUGGUGGUCCCUGAGCAUCCUCCCAGCAGGGAGAAACCCUUCAGGUGCUUGGAAUGUGGGAAGAGCUUCAGGCAGAGCACCCACCUCCUCAGCCACCAGCACAUCCACACUGGAGAACGGCCCUACACCUGUGGGAAAUGUGGGAAGAGCUUCAGUGACAGCUCCAACCUCCGCAGUCACCAGCGCAUCCACACUGGAGAACGGCCCUACACAUGUGGGGAAUGUGGGAAGAGCUUCAGGGAGAGCUCCACCCUCCAUGUCCACCAGCGCAUCCACACCGGGGAAAGACCCUACAAGUGCUUGGAUUGUGGGAAGAGGUUUCAGACCAGCUCAUAUCUCCUGAAGCACAAGCAGGCACAUACAGGGAAGUGGGCCUUCCACUGCACUGACUGUGGGAAGGGGUUCAACCAGAACUCCAACCUUGUCACCCACCAGCACAUCCACACCAGGCAGAGGCCCUACAAGUGUGGGGAGUGUGGGAAGAGCUUUCCCCAGAGCUCUAACUUGACCAGACACCAACGGACCCACCGAUAAUAGAAGCCCUGUGAGUGCCCCGACUGCAGGAAGAGCUUCGGCCGCUGCUUCCACCCCGAAUGAACCCCCUGAUGUUGAGGCAACCCCUGGAGUCCAGUGACUGUCAGUCCAUCCCUUUCGACCACAAAGGGCCAGUCCCCUUUCCCAGGGGCAGCUUCUUCCAACAGAACCCUUCUUGGGGGGUGUGUGGAGAUUCCUGCCUUGGCUGGGGACCCCCCAAGGUCACUGCUGGAGACUGAGAACAGAGAUCUCCCCACGA